GCCUCUACUCCUAUUUCCUACCUCUCUCUCAAAGUCUUAGUUAUUUCGUUGAAGCGCACUCAACGUUCUCCAUUGAAGCGCACUCAACGUUCUCCAUUGAAGCGCACUCAACGUUCUCCAUUGAAGCGUUCUCCGUUGAAUUAUAUAUCCUUGUAUCCCCCAUUGAAGCAGCUUCUAAGAAAAGAAGCAACAAGAACUUGCAUCCUUGCGAAAAGAUGGAGAUCUAUGUCGACUUAUUUCACAAGUAUGGAGUUUGUUGUUCCACGUGCAUUGGUUCUCGAAUACUUGUGGAAGAAGAAGUCGCUGAAAAAGGUAAAACGAAGGUUAGUGAAUUGGGUGGAUCAGGAAGUGACUUUGCAUCGUGCUCCAUUCAUUAAUGAUUUCAGAAUAUCCCUUCCAUUAAAUGCGACUUAUUCAAAGCGUAUCAAUACUUGGAUCAAAUUUGCUAUGGCAAAAAGAGUCGUGAACUUGGAGUUGGAUUUUGAAUACGGGACAACUUGUAGAGAUCACCUUGGUGGUUACUCCGAUCAAUCUUAUUCUCAUUACUUGUUACCAUCUAAUGUCUUCACACGUUCUUCAUGUAGACACCUAACAUCCAUAUGUUUCAAGUUUGUUGACCUCAGAGAAGAGGUACUAGAACUGCUUUUGUCUCGAUGUCAUAGUUUAGAACGCCUACACAUUGAAAGAUCAAACACACUGUCAAAUAUGAGGAUCAUAAACUUGGGAAGAAAGUUGAAAUACUUGGCAAUACACGAAUGCUUUUCUUUGAGGAAAGUUGAGAUACAUGCUGUGAGUCUUGAAUCUUUUGAAUUCAUAGACAGGGAUGGAAGGACUAAUGUGGUGUGUGCUAGUGUUCCAUCACUUGUUGAAGCACGAUUCUGUUGGCAGCAUUAUGGUCUCGGUUACUCUGGCUUGCUUCCAAAUUUCUUGCGGACCUAUUGCUUCCCUGCACAGCUGUCUAAGCUUUCCCUUGAUAUGAAACUGAUAAAGGGUGGAGAUUUUCCCAUCCCUUCCUUUCCUAAUGUCAAAUAUCUGGAGUUGCGAGUCUUGGUCGAUCAACAUACAAACCUUCGUCCGUUGAUGUGCUUUGCAAAGGGUUGUCCUUUAAUGUAUGAUUUUAAGUUGCAGUUAAUAUGGCCUGAUUGUUGCUGUCCAAAAAUGAAACCUAAACAAGAGGAGCAUUGGUUGGAGAUACAAGAGGGUACUUCACGACCCUUCCUAGCUUACGCAAAUUCGAAUGGUCUGGAGCAUUUAGUGUUCAUGAUGAUUUAGAAUAUCCGUUGGCGUUGCACUGUGUUAAGAUCGCCAUCAACCUAGAGAAAUUUAUUUGUGAUCCACGAAAUCUAGCAUCUGAGUUUCAUAGCCCUAAAAAUAUAGCUGAAAUUGUAGAAGGUGGUAGACAACGUGCAAAGAAACUAGCUAUGGUUAUUCCAAGGCAUAUUGAAUUUGUAAUUCUCUGAUUGUGAACAAUAAUGUUUUUUACUCAAUCUGUCACAUUCUAGUCCUUUGUCAAUUUUCACCCUUCAA